UGCCAGGAGUUGAUCAUCAGUAACUACUUCCAACAAGGAAUAAUGGCAAAAAAUAAAAAUUAGUGUUAGUGAUUUGGCGUUUUUCUAGUCCACCGUUUGGACACAAGUUUUUAAUUAUAAUUAUUUUUAAUUUAUUUAUUUCAAAUUGUACAUUACCACGUUUUUAAAUUAUAUAUAUACAUAUAUACAUAUAAUUUUUAUUAAUUGUAAAUAUUAUAUUUAAUUAUUUGUAAAUAAUGGCCGAUUUUGUGUACUCCGAAGCUGAGGAAAGUGAGCAUGACGACGAUGAGGAAGAGCAAAUUGAUCAUGGGCGUAAGAAAAAAGUCAAAAAGACGCUGGAUGAAAGUGAAGAAGAAGAAGAAGAUGAUGAAGAUCGGCUGAGAGAAGAGUUAAAAGAUUUAAUUGACGACAGACCGAUUGAGGAAAGUGAUGGUGAGGAUAGCGAUGCUUCCGGUGGCUCUAAGAAACGUAAGAAGAGUGACGAUGAAGACUUUGAUGACAGACUCGAGGACGACGACUAUGAUCUUAUCGAGGAAAAUUUGGGUAUUACUGUGGAACGGAAACGGUUCAAAAGACUCAAGCGAAUAACGGACGCUGAAUCGGAUGACGAAGAAGAGCAAGGCGGCGAAGCUAAAGAUGCCAUCGCUCAAGAACUAUUUACUCAUGGCGAAGGCUCUGGAGAUGAGGAUGAGCGACGCAGUGAACGAAGCCACAGACCAGAACCUGAGAUACUCGAAGGAGAAGGCAGUGAAGGAGAGUACUCAGAAGAGGAUGAUUUUAUUGUUGGUGAUGACGACAGACCCAUUCAUGAAAAACGACGGAAGAAAAAACAUAUUUUCACGGACGCAGCGCUGCAAGAAGCCCAGGAUAUCUUUGGUGUUGACUUUGACUACGAUAACUUUGAAAAAUUCGGUGAAGAUGAGUAUGAAGAGGAAGAAGACGAAGAGGAUGAUUAUGUUGAUGAUGAAGGUGGAGAGAGACCUAGAAGACACAAGAAACAGUCUAAGAAAAAACCUUCGAAAAAGACUAUAUUCGAGGUUUAUGAACCUAGUGAACUCAAACGUGGACAUUUUACUGACUUGGAUAAUGAAAUACGUAAUACAGAUAUACCUGAGAGAAUGCAACUACGUACGAUGCCGAUUACUCCAGUCCCUGAAGGUUCUGAUGAGCUGGAUCAUGAGUCAGAGUGGAUUUAUCAACAGGCAUUCUGUAGACCAACAAUUUCAAAUCAAGAUACAAAUUUGAAUAAUGAUAUGGAUGAUGGUGGUGGUAAAGGUCCCCAGACAGUGGGAAAAAUAAAAAAAGCAUUAGAUUUUAUGCGUAACCAGAACUUUGAAGUUCCCUUUAUAUCAUUUUACAGAAAAGAAUACGUUCUUCCAGAAUUAAAUAUUAAUGAUUUGUGGAAAGUAUACAAGUUUGAUGCUAAAUGGUGUCAGUUACGUCAGAGAAAAGAAAAUUUACUCCGUUUGUUUGAAAAAAUGCGGGACUUUCAAUUAGAUGAAAUUAUGAAAAAUCCUGAUGCCCCACUUCCAGAUGACAUUAGAGUUAUAAAAGAUGAAGACAUUGAGCGAUUGAAAAGCGUACAGACAAAUGAAGAAUUGAAUGAUGUUCACAAUCAUUUUAUGCUUUAUUACAGUCAUGAUAUUCCAGCGAUGCAGGAAUCUGUGCGACGUAAAGAAAAGGAAGCUAGACGUUUAGCGAGAAUACAGAAACGUAAGCAACAGCUUCUGGAGGCUGAAGAAAAUGGAGAAGAUCCACCACCUGAGGAAGAAAAUCCUGAUGAGCCAGACGAAGUUGAAGAUACUCUUAAGCAAGCUGUAAGAAGUGGCCCCUACGCACUUUGUAGACGUGCUGGACUAAAUAGUUUUGCCAAAAAGUUUGGUCUCUCCCCUGAACACUUUGCUGAAAACUUGCGGGACAAUUAUCAGCGGCAUGAAGUUGAUCAAGAACCAGUUGAACCUAGUGUGGUAGCACAAGAUUAUAUGGGGAAAUGUUUCCAAUCAACUGAUGAUGUUUUAAAAGCCGUGCAAGUAAUGGUCGCUAUUCAGUUGGCACGUGAACCACUCGUAAGAAAAUGUGUUCGUGAGAUGUAUAUGGAACGUGCCAAGCUGUCAGUACGACCAACAAAAAAAGGAUUAACUGACAUCGAUGAAAACCACCCGAUCUAUACAAUGAAAUACUUGAAAGACAAACCCGUUCGCGAUCUUGUUGGAGAUCAAUGGCUCAAGUUAGAAAUUGCUGAAAAGGAUAAACUUAUUGUAAUAACGCUUAGUGAAACUUUUGAUGGCAAUACUAGCAGUAACUAUAUUGAAGAAAUGAAGCAGCUUUACAUAAGGGAUGAAUUUUCAAAGAACGUUCAAGACUGGAAUGCUUUUCGAGUUGGCAGCGUUGAAAUGGCUUUGACGAGAUACGUUAUUCCGGAUUUGAAAAAAGAACUCCGUGCAAAUCUUUCGGCUGAGUCAAAGGAGUUCGUGAUGCGUGCUUGUUGUCGGAAAAUGUAUAACUGGUUAAAAGUAGCACCAUUCACAUGUGAAUUUCCUGAUGAAGAAGACGAAGAAUGGGACACGAGUAAAGGCGUGCGGGUAAUGGCAAUAGCAUACGUUACAGGCAUAAACGAAGCUUCUUUUUCUUGCAUUGUGUCUCCAGAUGGCGAGUGCGCAGAUAUUUUACGUUUGCCUCAUUUGCUGAUGAGAAAAAAUAGCUACAGAGAUGAUGAAAAGUUUAAAAAAGAAGCUGAUUUACUUGCAAUAAGAAAUUUUAUUCGUAAAAAUAAACCUCAUGUUAUUGUUAUUGGAGGUGAGUCUAGAGAAGCUCUUAUGAUAUCUACGGACAUAAAGGAAUGUUUGACAAUAUUAGCAGAGGAAGAGCAAUAUCCAGCAAUAACUGUUGAAAUAUUAGAUAAUGAUUUAGCUAAAAUUUACGCAGCAAGCGAAAAAGGUAAAUCUGAAUUCCGUGACUAUCCGGAUUUACUUCGUCAAGCUGUUUCGUUAGCUCGACGACUCCAAGAUCCUCUGGUUGAGUUUUCACAACUGUGCACUGCUGAUGACGAUAUCAUGUGCUUGAAGUAUCAUAGUCUUCAAAGCCAGUUAUCGGAGGAAGAAUUGAUUGAAAAUUUGUACUUGGAAUUCGUAAAUCGAGUUAAUGAAGUAGGUGUUGAUAUAAAUAAAGCUGUACAGCAAACCUAUUCAGGCAAUUUAGUCCAAUUUGUGUGUGGUUUGGGACCGCGUAAAGGUCAAGCACUGAUAAAAAUGCUCAAGCAAACAAAUCAACGUCUUGAAAAUCGUACUCAGUUAGUAACAGCCUGUCACAUGGGUCCUAAAGUAUUCAUAAACUGCGCUGGUUUUAUUAAAAUUGACACCAACAGCCUUGGAGACAGUACAGAGGCUUAUGUUGAAGUAUUGGACGGCUCAAGAGUACAUCCUGAAACAUAUGAGUGGGCUCGUAAAAUGGCUGUCGAUGCUUUGGAGUACGACGACGAAGAUGCUAAUCCAGCUGGUGCAUUGGAAGAGAUUCUCGAAUCACCUGAGAGGCUAAAAGACUUAGAUUUGGAUGCAUUUGCUGAAGAAUUAGAAAGACAAGGCUUUGGUAAUAAAUGUGUUACGCUCUAUGACAUCAGAUCUGAGUUGAAUUGUCGUUACAAAGAUCUCAGGACGCCGUACCAAUCUCCAACUCCCGAGCAACUCUUUGACAUCCUGACUAAAGAAACACCAGAGACAUUUUACAUUGGUAAACUUGUAUCAGCAACUGUAGUUGGUAUCAGUCACAAAAAACCACAAGGUGAUCAAUUGGAUCAAGCUAAUCCAGUGCGAAAUGACGAGACUGGGCUGUGGCAAUGUCCAUUUUGUUUGAAAAAUGAUUUUCCCGAAUUGUCUGAGGUAUGGAAUCACUUUGAUGCUGGUGCGUGUCCUGGUAAAGCAAUCGGUGUUAGAAUUGUUUUAGACAAUCCCAAUAUAUCUGGUUAUAUUCACAUUAAAAAUAUAUCUGACAGUCACGUUGUAAAUCCUGAAGAAAGAUUGAGAAUCCGCCAAACGAUACAUGUCCGUAUUAUUAAAAUAGAAGUUGAUAGAUUCAGUACGCAGUGCUCGUGUAAAAGUUCUGAUUUAAGUGAUAAAAAUAAUGAGUGGAGACCAACUAAAGACCCAUACUACGACACUGAAGCUGAACAGCAGGAUACUCAAUAUGUCCAAGAUUUCAAGAAGAAAAAACAGCAACAGACUUACGUCAGAAGAGUUAUUGUACAUACGUCAUUUCAUAAUGUAAGUUAUGAUGAAUGUGAAAAAAUGAUGAAAACUCUCAGACAGGGCGAGGUCAUAAUACGACCCAGUAGUAAAGGAUCUGACCAUUUGGUGGCCACAUGGAAAGUUACUGAUGACAUUUAUCAGUAUAUUGAUAUAAAAGAGGAAGAUAAAAUAAACGAUUUUACUCUAGGACGUCGUUUGAUGAUUGGCAAUAACGAAUAUGAAGAUCUUGAUGAAAUCAUAGCAAGUCACAUAAAUCCAAUGGCUGCUUACGCUGCAGAAUUGCUUGAUUUCAAAUAUUACAAGCGUGGCAUCGACGGCAUAAAAGAAAAAGCUGAAGAAGUACUCAAAGAACAAAAAAGAGAAAACCCCGGAAGUAUUCCUUAUAUUAUAUCAGCAUGUAAAAAUCGUCCUGGUAAAUUUUUACUGUCGUAUCUUCCACGAACAUCCUGCUCUCACGAGUACAUCACAGUUUCGAAAGACGGUUUUCGAUACCGUUCCGAAACAUUUGCACGUGUCGAUAAACUCGUCGGUUGGUUCAAAAAAAAUUUCCGUAACCCGAUACCAGGUCAAAUUACACCGAGUACUCCACGUGGAGCUGUUACUUCCCGGACACCGUAUCAUUCUACUCCUGGAGUUGGUAGUAUGAACCAAGAAGCAAUACAGCGAGUUGCACAAAAUCUUCCACAUCAUAUGUUGCACUCGCUUUCGCAAGUCGCGAAUCAGACGCCACACUAUCCACCACAUACUCCUGGUGCUACUGGGGCUACUGGAUACGGUAUGCACACUUACCCUAACACUCCGUACACGCCUUCAGGUCAGACGCCAUUCAUGACACCCUACCAAACGCCCCAUCACACUCCUCAUCAUUCCCAGCCUACUCCACGAUAUGGACAACAAACACCCAGUCAUCAGUUUGUUCAUCCUGGUCCUCCAGUUAGUCAGAAUACUCAUCACAGGAUAUCCAUGUCCCACCGAUCCUCCACUUCUUACGGCCAAGGUUCUGAAGAAGAAUGGAAGAAGGCUGCUGAGGACUGGGCGAGACAAAAACAGUCCACCCCAAGGGGAUCGACUCCAAGAUACGAUGACAUGAGACAACCAUCUCGUGAGUAUGCAGAUACAGGCAGAUCAACGCCUCGCAACCGUCAUUCAUCACACGGUUCAGCACGAACCCCAUCAUACCGAUCACCUCGAGGAACGCCAAACACUAACUCAAGUCCUCGGAGCAUGUCGCUCAGUGGUGAUGGGACACCUCUUUACGACGAGAGCUAGAUAUAUUUUUAAUUAUUAUGUUAUACAAUCGAUCAUGUACAAUUAUUAUUAAUUUAUAGUUAUUUUUUUUUUGCCUAACGACUAAAUAACUAAUUUUAUUGUAUCCAUUUGUAAUCGAAUUUUUUUAGGAUCAAACGAACGUAAUGUAAUUUAUAUAUUAUUAUUUAUGUAUAUUAUUAUUAAAAUUAUUAAGAAUUUUAAUUAAUAUUAAUAUUAAGUUUUAAUUUAUGUAUCUAAUAUGCAUACAACUAAUUUUUAUUUUUUUUUCUC